AAUAAAAAGAGGGAUAGAGAUUGCUUUUGUUCCCCGUCCACUGCUGCAAGUGGCAAGUUUUGUUGCUCCCAAAGAGAUCCCACAGUAUCUGAUUGACUAAUUGGUCCGGUCCACCACUCAAAAUUUAUUCCAUUUUUCAGUCUCUCCAUAGCCUUAGCCAAAAUUGGAGGAAUCCAUGUCUCAUUCAUUUCCACACCCAAAAAUAUCAAGACUCCCUAAAGUUCCUCCUAACUUAACACACCUCCUUAAACUUGUCGAAUUUCCAUUACCAACUCUUGAUGACAAGUCUCUCUUGCCGGAAGAUGCUGAAGCUUCAGUUGAUCUUCCUUUUGAAAAAAUCCAGUACUUGAAAGCAGCUUAUGAUCUCCUCCAAGAACCCAUCAAACACUUCAUCGCUGAUGAAAAACCUGAUUGGAUUAUCUCUGAUUUCACGCAACAUUGGAUAGUCGAUAUUGCUAAAACUUAUGACAUCCCCAUAAUUUACUACUGCAUUUUUGGUGCUGCAGCAACGGGUUUCUCCAUCGCUGCAACAUGCUUCGGGGACACGCCUGAAAUUUUGACCAUACCGGUAUUUCAGUUGCUGGAUGUCCCGUCAACUUUGGCUUAUAAAAAGUAUGGGUCAUUAGAGCUUAUGGAGACAUUUUAUAUCGAUGAUGCCUCGGGUGCGUCAUAUGCUCAACGUGUAUCUGAUAUACUUGUUGCAUGUCGAGCUAUAGCUAUACGUAGUUUCAAAGAAUUCGAAGAUUUGUACAUAGAGGCGUUACAUAAAAUCGUCGACAAACCUGUAAUUCCAGUUGGAUUAUUAGCAACAACAUCGUCGUCGCCAUCAACAAACUUCAACAAUGAUCCAUCCUCGACGAACAUUUUCAAAUGGCUGGAUCAACAGAAGGGAAAAUCAGUUUUAAUUGUAGGAUUUGGAAGUGAAUAUAAACUAAGUAAAGAGCAAGUAGAUGAAAUAGCUUAUGGGCUUGAACUCUCUGGUCUACCAUUUAUAUGGAUACUACAAAAGCCUAAUUGGAGUUCAAAUGAAGUGGAUCUUUUACCGGAAGGAUUUGGGCCGAGGACAGCAGAGAAAGGGGUGGUCCACAUUGGAUGGGCUCCACAGAAGGAGAUUCUGGCCCAUCAAUCAAUAGGGGGUACACUGGUUCAAGGGGGGUGGGGUUCUGUAACAGAAAGUUUACAGCAUGGUCAUGUUGUUGUUGUUCUGUCAUUUGUGUAUGAUCAAGGUUUUAAUGCAAGAUUUCUGAUGGAAAAAGGAUUGGGAAUUGAAGUGGAGAGAAACGAAGAAGAUGGAUCGUUUACUAGAAAUGAUAUAGCGAAAGCAUUGACAUAUGCUAUGGCUUCGGAGGGAGGUGCAGAGCUUAGAGAUCGAGCAAAAGAAGUAGCUCCCAUUUUUGGAGAUCAAAAGCUUCACGAUUCGUAUGUUGCUAAGUCCGUUUAGUAUUUGAAGAAUAACAGGAAAGAAGUCUGUAACCAUUAGAGUACUCAUAUUCAGUACUGUUGAUCUUCUUCCACUUUCAAUGUAGUUGGAACUUCUUAUUGUAAGGGUA